AUGUGUUCAAUGUAUGCCUCGGACUCUUUGGAUCGAUUCGGUGAUGAUUUGUGCGAAGAGUUAUUGUCUUAUCUCUUACUCGAAGACAGUUUCCGUUUUGAAUGCAUUUCCAAACAGUGGCAGAGAGUGGUCUUCAGGAGACAAACAGUGAUAUCAAUUGAUGACAAUUUAGGCAACGGAUUAAUACGGAUGAGACAAUUGAUGAAAAAAUUUGAUCAUAUCCCCGAAGACAAAGUCAUUAAUCUAAUGAUCAAAUAUUGUCCGCAUUUGACGGCUAUAUAUCUGGACAUCACUGGCAUUUGUGUGGAAGCGAUGAAUAAGUUCUUCGCCAGAUUUGGUCCACAAUUGGAAACAAUAGUUAUUUACUCACAAAAUGCUGAUUGUGUAGAGGAAUGGCCGCUGAUGUGUGUAAAUCACCGGUUAUUUCGAUACAAUUACGAUCGGAUGCCGGCAUUAAGAAGUUUAGUUGAGAACCCAGUGGUGUUCAAACGUCUGGACCAGUUGUCCAUAGAUUUAAGCAUCGCAUCCACGGAUCAGUUGGCGGUGAUAGUCGACCGAUACGGGCGUCAACUGAAGGAAUUGGUGUUGAGAAACUGCCAAAUUGGGUUCGAUUCAGUGGAAACUGUGAAUGUGGUCACUCUACUCGAUAGACUUGUACUCUCUCUCUCUCUGUCGGCAAUGCCGGCGUUGGUUACGCUUAAACUUAGUGUUUACGGCGGUAUCGUUUUGUCGGCCAAACAAUCGGUCCUUUUAUUGACUAAAAUUGGUGUCAUUUGUUCGCAACUCAAGUGUCUUCGCCUCGACGUCGAAGAAUUGAGUCCACAAUUGUUUCGUACGAUUAGUAAAUACUUUAAGUCAUUAAAACGACUGGAAGUGUCGGAAUGGAGUUUCACGGGAGGGCCCGCACUCACCACCGAUUCAUUGGCGCCAUUGAAACGGUUAACACAUCUGGAAAUGCGGUGCAAUCAAUGUUUGGAUCCAUUUCUCCACAAUAUUGGCCACAAUUUACCGAAUCUUCAAUAUUUAAAUCUAGAAUUCGUGUCCUAUACUGACCAGUCGUUCGCAUCGCUGUCUGCGUUGAGACACAUCCGCGGCGUUACUAUUGGAGGAAAGUAUGAAAGUAAUAGUGAAACCGCUUUUGAUAAGCUCUACAAUCGGCCCAAUAUUUGUAAAAGUUUGGCCGAAUGCCGGAUAAAAGGCGUGAAUUUGGUGCCGAAAAUAAUGGGCGGACAGUCAGUGCUACCCAUGGAGUUCCCGUGGAUGGGCUCUCUUCAGGUCAAGUACUUCUCCAGUCAUAACUGUGGCGCCACUCUUAUCAAUGAGGAGUGGGCGCUGACGGCCGCCCACUGUAUGAAGAAGUCGAGCCAUGCCUUCAACUGGAAGAUCAGAUUCGGUGAACACUAUCUCAACAAAUACGAAGACACGGAACGGGAGUUCCUUAUCAGUAAAGUUUUCAUUCAUAAAGACUAUUCAAACGUAACGAAAGUGAAUGACAUAACACUCUUGAAGUUGGCCUCCAAAGUGGACUUCAAUGGGAGGGACAAACACUUACGACCCGUGUGUUUGCCUAAUAAGUCGUUUCAGAUACCGACGGGUGCCGUGUGUUUGGCCACCGGUUGGGGUAAACGGUUCAAUAACGAGUCGUACUCAACGGUACUGCAAAAGGUGACCAAACAAGUGGUGGAUCAGCGCCGGUGUGUGGACUCGUGGCCGGGCAUACAGUUCCCCAUCACUGACGGCCACAUUUGUUUCGACACUCUUAGAGAUGGCAGCGGUGUAUGUAAUGGUGACUCUGGCGGACCCGUACAGUGCCAGUCCACCGACGGCCAGUGGGUUGAGGUGGGGGUCGCCUCCUGGACCUCAAAUCCCUGCGCUAUUAAGGGAUAUCCGGCGCUAUUCACUCGAGUGGCCUAUUAUUACGAUUGGAUUCGCGAUAUUAUCGACAAAAAUUGA